ACUACACACGGGCGGCUGAUUAGACUCGAUGUAUUUCGUAAUAUUUUAAAAGUGGAAAGUGUGGUCAACAGUGUUUUAAUUCCAAGUAACCAUAACAGGGUUUUCUUAUUGCAUUUUAUUGGCUAAGGCAAAGAGGGAUUUAUGAAAGACAGAGACAUAGAGUUGGCUAAUACAAUUAAAUUUGAGAGUUGCUGCGAUGGAGAAAGUCAUCGAUAAGGAUGUUCUUUCUUGCCUGACUUUAGCGAUCGACAUGAAGUCGUUGAAAGAAAGCGCUGAAAGAGCUCUCCAUCUGCUCCUACCGCGAGUGGCAGAUGUGCUGGUGUUUGUCUUGAGUUCUGUCUCCAAUGAACUUGAAGCUCUUGGAAGAUCUGGUAUCAGUGUACCUAAGAUACCACAAAGUGGAGUUGCCAGGAAAGCCAUUGAUAGUAAGCAAAGAAUAGUUUUAUCCAGCAUCAACAAAGAUGAUCCUUGUUUAGUAUAUUUACCAUCAGCUGAAACACUUGGAAGUGAUCAAAGAGUGAUUCUGUCACCACUGUACAAAGACAAUACACUAGUAGCAUUUUUGAUGAUUGUUUGUGGUGUAGGAGAGGAUACUCUGUCCAUACUAGAUUACACAGAGCAGCAGAUACUUCAAAGUUAUCAUCAUAUAACAGAGAGGAGUAAAUAUUUUCAUGAAUUUGAAAGGCAGAAGACAUUUUUAGAUUUUUUUAGUAGGUCUUAUGAAAAAGAAGUAGGACCUUUGUCAAGAAAAAUAGGGGACUUUCUUCAAUCACUGACUAAUUCAGAGGGUAGUGCCAUUCUGGUACUAGAUAACACAGCUGGGGAACUUCACAACAAGCAAGAAUGCAGUAGAUCAAAUAGUGUGGACAUGAAAAGAAUUGAGGUUUCUGGAAGCAUUUUUGAGGAAGUCGUUAAAUCUGGCCAAAAAUUGAAUGUUGCGGAUAUAGAAAAGGACACAAAGUACAGAUAUGACCUGCAGAGAAUAACAGAUGGCUACGUUCAAUCAAUGUUGUGUGUCCCAAUUGUCAGUAUCAACUCAGGCAAUGUUAUAGCGGUGGCGUGUGUAUUCAACAAAACUCUUCCAGAAAAAAGAUUUUCCUCCUUUGAUGAAGAAAAUGCUCAGUUUUGUUGUGAGCAUAUUGCAGGUCAAGUAGAAAACACAUUGGAGUGGGAGAGAGAAAUGGUGAUAAAAAGGCAACAAAAGCAUUUACUGAAGGUUGCAAAAAACCUGUUUACUCUCGUAGACGAUGUCAGCGUUUUAUUAAGUGAAAUCAUGACAGAGGCUCGGAAUUUGACCAACGCUGAAAGGUGCUCUCUGUUUCUUUGGGAUAAAGAAAGAGAUGAACUUGUGGCCAAGGUUUUUGACGGAGAAAUCCCCUCAGAUGGUUCAGACAAUGGAAAGGAACCAGAAGUGAGGAUUCCAGUCACCCAGGGCAUCGUGGGUCACGUUGCUACAACAGGGAAGAUGCUGAACAUAAAAGACGCGUACAGCCAUCCUAUGUUCUAUAAGGGGCUUGAUGAGAAAACAGGCUUCAGAACAAGAAAUAUUCUCUGCUUUCCGAUUAAAGACGAAGAAGACGUGAUUGGAGUAGCACAGUUGUGCAAUAAGACAAAUGGUUCUUGUUUUACAAAGUUUGAUGAAGAUCUGACCAGAGCAUUUGCCAUUUAUUGUGGUGUGAGCAUUUUCCAUUCUCUUUUAUAUAAGAAAGCAAAAGACGCUUCACACAGAAGUCGACUAUCGUCUGAAAUGAUGAUUUACCAUAUGAAUGUGUCUCAAGCCGAAGUGGAUCCGCUCGUUAACAGGUCAAUUUGCACCACGGAUGACGUACAUCCACAGUUUAGCCAGUUCCCAUGUGCGCCAAGAACUAUUUUCCCAGAUAAUAUGAUUCCAGCCUGUCUUUGUAUGUUUGAAGAUCUUGGAAUGAUCGAGAGAUGGAAAAUUCCAAAGGAGGUGCUAGUAAGGUUUUUGCUUAUGGUGAGGAAAGGUUAUAGAAACCCUCCAUAUCACAACUGGAUUCACGCUUUCACCGUGGCUCACUUCUGUUAUCUUCUUUACAAGAACGCAAAGAUUAGCAAUCGCUUAAGAGACGUUGAAAUGUUGGCAUUGUUCGUGGCUUGUCUGUGCCAUGAUAUCGACCACAGGGGGACCACAAAUUCCUUCCAGGUUUCUUCAGGCUCCACGCUCGCAGCCCUGUAUAGUUCAAAGGGAUCUGUGUUGGAGAGACAUCAUUUUGCGCAGACUAUGUGUGUGCUCAACUCUGAAGGAUGUAAUAUAUUCAAGAAUUUAACUGGAAAAGACUUUGAAGAAGUUUUUAGUCUUAUUCGGGAUAUUAUUCUAGCAACGGACCUUGCCCAUCACUUGAAAAUCCUUCAAGACAUCAAGAACAUGGCUAAAGAUGGUUUUAAAAAAGAUUCUAAAGAUCACCACACUCUUCUUCUCUAUCUUAUGAUGACAGCCAGUGAUUUGUCUGAUCAAACUAAGAACUGGGAAGGAACGAGAAGAACGGCGGAUCUGAUAUACACAGAGUUCUUUUCACAAGGUGACAAGGAAAAGCACAUGGGAAUUACUCCAAGCGAAAUGAUGGACAGAGAUAGAGCGUGUAUUCCAAAAUUGCAAAUCGAUUUCUUGGAUGCAAUCGCACUUCCAGUAUACAGGCUGUUGUCCUCUCUACUACCGGAGACUGAAGUAGUUUUAGACACAGUUUUGACCAACAGAGAGAAAUGGCAAAAGGCUCAAGAAGAUGGCGACUACGUGUACAGACCAGUGGCUACUACUGACAAAGAAAUCAAUGGGAAUGUGCCUCUAUCACCAUCAUAACGGUGCCACAACUCGCUCUUCCGAUUGAACAAUUCAUGGAACAAAUUAUAGUAGGAAACCGCUCUACGACAAACCUUUGGGACGUCUUUGUUGGCACUUAAACUCGAUAACAUACAUAUUUUUGUAUGAAGAGCGGGUUGAAACUUUGCCUAAAAGAGUUGGCCAUUGCGGUAUCGGAUGCAUCAUUGUCCUUGAGUAAUUACGGCGCUGGUGUAUUGCCUUCAUUGAGAAAUGUUUUCUAAUAUUGAAUUUCUCCUAGAAGCAAGAGAAAUAACGGGUUCAAAUGCCUAGGUUGGCUGUCAGUGAUAACU